AUGACACUCCAUAUGAAGAACUCCUGUAUGAACAGACAAGGAGUUCUUCAUAUGGAGUGUCGUGAUCGGUACUUCAUGAUGGCUGUUGAUCUCUCCUUCACCGGAGAGGAACCUCGCUUUGAGGCUGUUGAUGCAACAGGUGUGUACCCCAUCACUGAGCAGUAUGCGGCCCAGUGUGGUUACACUGUCGGUGUUCUCCCUCUGCAAGACCAAGUGGCGCUCCGAGCCUCUUACUUCAGCUGUCACACUGACAACAUGGAUGAUGAAGUGUUCACAUUCAAGUUCAACCUGAUUGUAAACCAUGAAGGAAAGGAGGUCACCUACGCCAUGAACAAGACCUGUUCUCCCUCUCUCCCCUGGUCUCCCAGAGAGGUUACCUGUGAGGAGAACUACAUGGAAGUGUCGGUGAGGAGUGACGUGGCCUGUCCAACUGGGACGAAGAAGGAUGACUGGGACGCUGCUGUCCAAACUUCGUAUACUUCAGCCACCACAGACUGGCAGGUGAUGUUCCAGAGGGUGGAGCAGGAGUUGACGCCAAUGAACCUUUCUGAAGCUCAAAAGCAGGGCUACGAGUUUGACCUGACGGAUGGGAGGCUUGUAUUUCGUACGCCGUAUGGACAACCUGACUCAUUCAGCACGGAAGUGAAUGGUGUUCCAGUAGAGGUGGUCCAUGCAACACUGUUCUCCAGACAAAGCUGGGUUGUCCUCAUGGUCGACCUGGUGGCUGCCUGCUCCCUGUAUGACGGCUCAUAUGAUGACGACGGAUACAUGAUGUGGGAGACCCCUGAGGUGCUGCACCCGCAGGUGUCUGGUCUGCACGAUACGCAGGUCCACGUUGGUGUGGAUGGUGAACUUGUGGAGCAGCCGGUUGCAGAGGAGAGAGGCUACACUGUGCAGCACAACGCCACAGUCCAGAUCAGCAUCCCCUAUAAUGCUGAAGGAGGAUACAGGAAGAGCUUUGUGGAUGAUGACCUGUACGAGUACUACGUCUUUCACCUCUACCUGGAGCAAAUCUCGGUGGAUGAGGAUCAUGUUGACACCAGGCUUCGCUUCCACAGGACACUUUACACUCCUCUGCUGCCACGCCCUGUUUUCACUGAAAACAGAACAAUCCAUGAGGAACAUGUGUUCACCAUCUACCUGGGAGAUGUCCCUGACGAUGUUGAGCUAGCUGCUGUUAAUUUGAAUGGACACAAAUGCACAAUACCGUUUACAAACACAAGCAGCCACACCAUCACAAAAGUUGCUCAUCCCAACAACACCCAUGGCUACACUCUGAGGGUGCCUUUUGGUGACCCUGUUGUCAUACAGCAGUUCUCCAUAAAAGAUGCAGCUAUGCAGCAGAGGCUCGACAUCAACUACACCCUGACAGUUCUGCCUGAAAACGAGCCUUUUUACCACCUGGCAUCAGUCAUGGCACUAACAGAUGUCUCUCCUCCAGUCUUUGAUGCCGUCUGUUCUGAGUCUGGCAUCAGCUUCAAACUGGACCACCGGCCUUUUGACUACCUGUGGUACAUCAGUAUCGACACCGAGCUGCUGACGUCAGAGCUGGCAGCGCAGCACAGCUACAUCAUGAGCAACGACAGCCAGAGUCUGCUGCUCAACGUGCCGCUCUACACCCACGGAUAUGAAUACAAGGACAUUACUCUGAAGGGAUUCCUUGGCACUUUUGAGAUCCUUGUGAGGGAUCAUGAAACAUCAGAGGUCCAGAGUUCAACUGUCAAGACGUGUCCGUUCAGCACUACUGAGCUGAUCAUGUGUUCGACUGAUGGGAGGAUGACUGUGGUGGCUGACUUGUCUCGGGCCGUCACAAGUGGAGGGAUCCCUGCUAGAACCAACCUCGUAGACAAAUACUGUGGACCCAAGGAAGCAGACGACAGCAGGGCUCUCUUCUCUUUCCCACUCAACAGCUGUGGCUCCAUCGUCAAGCUCAACAAGGGGAGUGUGACGUAUGAAAAUGAGAUUUUCUUCAGCAAGAAGUUUCGAGCUCAGAAAAAUCCAGACUUCAGCAGUGUGACUGAAAGGGUUAUAAUGCAGUGUACGUAUCCUCUGGCUGGCCUCCAUCGUCUCUUCUCGGUGUACAGGUUUGAGUCCGACACAGUUGGCUUCGGCCGCAUCCUACAUUCUGCAAACUCGACUGAAGAUCUACAGAGUCCCACCAUCGAGCCCACUACAGUGCUUCAAACUCCAGUACCUGCUACCAGACGUGGCACGAGACCUGGUUACCACCCUCCUGCUCAGCAUAUCAAAGUAUCCAGCUAUCUGAAGAAUCUCUCAAAGAGAGGAGGCCGAGGAUCAUCACAAGUGAAAGUGACACCAUAUUUUGGAUUGUGA